AAGCUCCACCAUCUAACUGUCGACUAGUAUAUCCCUAUAAAAAUUAAUUUUCCGGUUUUAUUCUAUCUAUCGUCAUCAACGCCCUAAGUUUGAUCGUUUAUUCUUUCUUCUUUUAGAAUUUGUUGGUAUUAUUUGUUAAUAGGGGGAAACAAAUUAAAGACAUCAUCAUGGGUCGUCUACUUUACGGUCUAGGUUUAAGAGUCAUGAAUUUCAUGGUUGUUUUCCUAAUUGUUAUUCUUUUACCCGGCUUGCCGCCACGUACCACUUUUCCAUUCAAAGAAUUCUCAGUAGCACCGCCUAGACCUUUGACCGGUGCCCUUGAGCCCAACUAUCACCUGGAAGGUGCCGAACGUCUGUUGGAAGGACGUGUCUACGGGCCGGAAUGUUUGAUUGCCAAGAACCGUGACAUUUAUAUGGGCAUUCAUGGUGGUGAAGUGAUAAAAAUAAAUGCCGGUCAUGUUACACAUGUAACUAAAUUGGGUCAGCCCUGCGAAGAUAUUACGGAGGAAUCCCGUUGUGGCCGUCCCCUUGGUUUGGCCUUUGAUACCCAGGGCAAUAAUUUGUUGGUGGCCGAUGCUUACUACGGCAUUUGGCAAGUUGAUCUUGAUUCGCACAAAAAGAAACUCUUGGUUUCGCCCCAACAAGUUCUGCCCGGCAAAGGUGCUGAUCGUCCUGCCAAGCUCUUCAAUGAUGUCGCUGUCGAUAAACAAGGAAACAUUUACUGGUCAGACUCCUCUUCAGAUUAUUUAUUGCAAGAUUUGGUUUACACUUCUUUGGUUAAUCCCUCUGGACGUGUCUUCAAAUAUGAUCGCGUCAAGAACGAAAGCACCGUCUUAAUGGAUGAAGUAUUCUUUGCCAAUGGUGUUGCCUUGAGUCCCCAAGAAGACUUUUUAGUCGUUGCCGAAACGGGAGGUAUGCGUUUGCUAAAACACUAUCUGAAGGGCAGUAAAGCUGGCCAAACUGAAGUGUUUGUUGAAGGCUUGCCCGGUAUGCCGGACAAUUUGACUCCUGAUUCUGAGGGCUUGUGGGUUCCCUUGGUUAUGGCCAGCGACAACGAACAUCCAUCAGGGUUUAACAUCUUCUGCAGUUUCCCCAGCAUUCGUUUGUUCUUGGCUCGCAUGUUGACAUUGUUCGAAUUGCCAUUCAAACUAAUCAACAAUGCCUAUCCCAAUAAGAUUGCUCAACGUUUCAUCCAUUUCAUUGGACAUGGUGAAAGCAUAUUGUUGUUGUCUCCUAAACGUGCCACCGUUGUUCGUGUUGAUUGGAAUGGUCAUAUUGUUGGUUCAUUGCACGGAUUUGAUAAGAGUGUUGGUGCCAUUUCUCAUGUCUUGGAAUUCGAUGAUCAUUUGUUGUUCGGUUCACCCUUCAAUCGUUUUUUGGGACGUGUAGCAAAUCCCAAGCCAGCCAGAAAGGAACCUAAUGUCAAAAUCAACAAUGUCCGUUAUGAAGGUGUGGGAAUUGAACCAGCUGUAAAGCCACCACAAAAGGAGGCCCCCACCACAGCCAAACCCAAGGUGAAACCAACGACUACGACCACAACUACUCCAAAACCAACUACCACCACGACCACAACUCCUAAGCCAACAACUACAACUCCCAAGCCCACCACAACCACACCCAAGCCAACCACAACCACACCUAAGCCAACCACAACAACUCCUAAACCCACAACUACAACGACUCCCAAGCCCACAACUACAACCACUCCCAAACCUGCUACAACUACAGCACCAAAGCCCAGCACAACCACAACUCCUAAGCCCACAACAACAUCGGCUCCUCGUCAACCCUCAGCCAGUACCACACGUGUGCCUCCCAAGAAACCAGCUCCCGUCGAAGAAAACAUUCCCCACGACACACCCGCACCAAAGCCUGAAAAAAUGAAAGUGAUCAACAAACAUGGUGAACAUGUUGAACUUUAAGAUCCUCAACGCUCCAGCAAAUAUCAGCAAUCAGCCAACCAACAACGCUUUAAGCUUAGACAUGGGAUUCUAUUAACGACGACAACGACAUUACUAUUUUAUAGCUUAAAGUAUAUAAUUUCUGUUCUUUUAAAAAGAGAAUAACAAAUCUCAAACAAGUUUUGUAGAAAUCAGCCGCAAACAAAAUGUACAUAGAUUUUUUAAGCAGAAAUUUUAGUCAAUUUAAUAUCUAUAAUGUUAAUUUAUGCUGAUAAACCUAAAGCAAGCAGUCAAAGGAAGAUUAGGAGUUCCCGUGGUUAUGGAAGUCGACUGAAAAACGAUUCAAUGAAAACAAAAUUAAAGAAAAAAAAACUAAUAUAGAUUUUUAAGUUUGAAAUUUGAUCAUUGAGGUCAAUUGAAGAAAGACAGAAGUUACAUUUAAUACAUUAUUUAUUUACGUCGAUUUUUAGAUAGAUAUUUCCCAAAAACAUGCCUUAUUUUCGGUUAUGGUCUUUUGUUUUUUCAAAACAUUCCAAAUUAUAAGUUUACAUUCUUUUCGAUUAAUUGCCUUUCAUUAGUAUUGUUAUUUCUAAACACAAUUAGAAAUGUAUUAAAUACAUCCCAAGAGAAUUAAGUCUUGCUCUUUUUUGUACUAUUUCCCAAUAAAACGUAACAAAAGUGAAAAUAUAAAAAAUAUAUUUUUCUUAAUUUAAAAAACAAAACAAA